GUACGGCUGGUGAGUGAUUCGAGGGAUUCUACAGAGCCUCAUUCACGGAACCUCAGCCUCGUCCAAGGUUUCACCUAAUCUUGCAAAGUGCAACUUCCCAAUCCUCACCAACAACGUAAAUUCAUCUGUCACGCUCCUAGAUCCCUGAAAGUCAGAUAUGGGUGUUUCCAGAGAUACGCUAUUCGCAGAUACAGAUGCGCCAAUAUGUAAAAUCCCAUGUGCGACGGCCUUCUCAGAGCUGAAUCAGCAGGAGAGACUGUACACGCACCACAUGUGCAGAGCAUCAUUCCAUGGGGCCCGAGUACUUCUGCGACAGACAUCUCAGGAAUCAGAGGAAAUAUUCGACCUCAUCAUAGCCUUGUCCAAGGCUGCGGGAGGACAAUGGGGGCAGUUUGCAAACAGCAGAGGAGUGAGCGGUGACGAUCUCAAGUACUUCCUCGAAUAUGCAUCCAUGUUUUUGGGAAACGUUGGGAAUUAUCGGGUGGGGCACUCGAACUCUGGCGAAGUCUCGUACUUAUCUCUUCAUAGUCAACCAGUGAUACAAAAAUUUGUUCCAAGAUUGAGCACCGCGGCCCUCGAGAAUCUCUGUCAAGCAAAUGAUGAGACGAAAACCCUUUACAAGGCUGUUGCUAAAAGGGUGUAUGCCACGAGCCCGUAUCAGUACGGAUUCUCUGCCGACAGGAGCUCCUCCAGUGGCUAUUACCCAAGCGAGUCUCUCAUCUCGAAGCAGGAAGUCGACGCAAUAGACGAGACCCUUUUCAAACAUGGCAUCCUUCUCGAGAACACGCGCAUAUCAAAAAAAGACUCCGAAAGUUCCAAUCUGGCAUCUUUUGUGCUGCACAUUACAUCAUCUGAAACAUCGUGGCUACCGUCCUCUGUACCGUCUCCCUAUCUUGACUUUCCGGGCGGCAAAGUGCUAAAAUUACAAACCGGCGAUCAUGCAGACUCUCUCAAGAAGGUGGUAAGCGAGCUCGAGCACGCUAAAAACUACGCUGGUAAUGAUACUCAGGAGAACAUGAUCUCAGCCUUGAUUAGUUCCUUUAAGACGGGGAAUCAUGAAGAGUUCAAAAGGGCACAGAUUUACUGGGUGCAAGAUCGAUCGCCUGCCAUUGAAUCCGUUAUCGGAUUCAUCGAAAACUACCAAGACCCACAAGGAAUCCGGGGGGCAUGGGAAGGCAUCAUUGCUGUUGUCAAUAAGAUCCAAAGCAAGUCGUUCACGGAGUUAGUAGAAAGAUCCUCCGAGUUUAUCAGUGCUUUUGAGACUUCUGAGUUUAUCAAGCCCGACUUCACUAGCCUGGAUACAAUCGGGUUCGUUAAAUCGGAAAGUCCAGCAGGGCUCAACCUUCCCAACUUUGAAGAUAUUUGUCAAACGGUUGGCUCCAAGAACCUCGAGUUUGGUAACGUGGACAAUGCCAAUCCUCCCGACGAAAAGAUACCCUUUAUUCGCGAAGAAGAGCUUGAAUUUAUGCGCGAGUAUAGGGAGAUGGUGUUCGAAGUACUAAUCGCCUGCCACGAGCUGCUCGGUUAUGGAUCUGGAAGAGUUACAUUAUGGUACAAACAUGGCCAAACUUGGUCAGCCAUAUUUGGUGCUGAUGUAAACGCGCUGGAAGAGUGCCGUGCGGAUGGGGUGUCCUUGGUCUUGCUUACUGACGAACGUAUCCUUAAAAUUUUCUGGUAUAGCGGAGAGGUCGCAAAACACGUUAUCUAUGCCGGCUACCCGAUAUUUCUCUAUAGGGCUAUCAAAGGUCUAUCCAGAUGGAAUCCAGAAACGAAGGCAUUAAGGGGAAUCCCAAUUUCACCACUAUCUAACAAUGUUUCGGGCAAAUUUGCGCUGUUGAGAUGCAUCCUCAACUGCGGUCCGGACAUCCUCCGCAUUAAGGAGCGGCACGACGACAUUAAGAUCGUGCUUAAUGAAUUAAAGAUAACGACCCAUGCUGUGCCAACAUUGCGCAAGUUCCUGCUAAAACUGCAGAUCGACGUAGAUGACACCUUCGCGAGGUAUCACCUAAUCGUCCUGGCGAAAGAGUCACCUCGCAUCCAGUAUGUCCAACCAAAUACAUUCGUGGAAUAUGAAGAAGUAAACUUGCGAGAGUAUCCGGCGACAAAGGAGGCGUUGAUCCAGAGUUGGGUUGAAAGGGAUAUUUGA